AUCCCGCUUCCGCCCCUUCCUGUACAAGCCUGUUCCCGGUAGCCAAUGAACAGGCGCGACUGAGGCAGGCGCAGUACCGGGAAGGACGCUUCCCUCCGAUCCUCCAGAUUUCAUGAUGUUACUUGGAAAAUUUACACAGCCAUUACAAAGCUUAAAGAAAUUUCCAUGCUUCUGUGGUAACAGACACUUCUGGGGGUGGUUGAAUGCAGUGUUUAACAAAGUAGAUCAUGAACGAAUUAAGGCUGUUGGUCCAGACAGGGCAGCGUCUGAAUGGCUCUUGCGUUGUGGAGCAUUGGUACAAUACCAUGGUCAAGAAAAAUGGCAAAAGGACUACAACAAUCUUCCAACUGGUCCUCUAAACAAAUAUAAGAUAAAAGCAAUUGAUGCCACUGACUCUUGUAUCAUGAACAUUGGAUUUGACUACCUAGAGGGCCUAGAACAUGUGGAAAAAAUAAAACUGUGCAAAUGUCAUUAUAUUGAAGAUGAGUGUUUGCAGAAGCUGAGUCAAUUAAAAAACUUACAGAAAAGUGUUUUAGAGAUGGAAAUCAUUUCCUGUGGGAAUGUCACCGAAAGGGGCAUUAUUGCAUUGCAUCAUUUAAGAAACCUUGAGUAUUUGCUGUUACAAGACCUUCCGGGAAUAACAAACCUAGAAAAUGUUACUCAGAUCUUUCGGAAUUCAUUACCUUCUCUAAAAUUAAAAUCAGACCUACCAGAAAAAACAAACAAACAAACAAACAAAAAACAUUAAUAGUAGCUGGUACUUUAACAAUUCGUUUGAAUAGACUGAACAAAAGCAUAUGAGAAGAACUCUUAUCUUUUGAAACGGCUGCUUCAGAGAAGGGUAGAAUUCACAAGUUAGAUACAAGUCAUUACCAGAAAAUAUUGAUUUAUUUUAUGAAUAUUUAGUGCUGCAAAAUGGAUGCCAAGUCUAUUCUAUACAGAAAUUCAAAACACUUAGUAAGGUUAUUGAUUUGAAAAUGAGAAUUUAUGUUCAUAAAAUUAUUUUACUUGAGAAAAAUGAAGUACAUCACUUGCAUACUAAUAUAUUUUUCAAAGAAGCUAUUAAAAUGUUCAUAAUAUAAUUAAAAUAUAUAGUGUAGAUAUUCCUUAAUUUACAUUUCAAUCAUUUGAAUUUUAUUAUAACAACUUGCUAUUGAAUUUUAUGUAAAUUCCACACUUGAUUUUUAAUUGUUGCUAUAAAUUUCUCCAAACUAAGUGGGAAGGUAAGGUAAUUGAAAAAUGUACAAUCUGCUGUUUUGCUUUGCAUACAUUUUAUAUCUAUUAAUUUAUUGUUAACUCAGGAUUUUCUUUAAGAAAUAUGUACCUAAAUAGCCAAAAAUUCAAAUAUUUUGAAAUAAAAAGUUAACUAUCAUGAAAUUAAGGAUUAUAAGAGUAACAUUCUAUUAAGGUUUCUAGAUUUAUGGGAUUACCUUUAUGUAGAGGAAAUUUUAAUAUGUAGGUUUGAAAUCUUAUUUUUUUCUCCUUGUUUUUUCCCACUCUUCCUCUUUAAUUGAAAUUACUAAAAGAAGAAUUAAGCCCAAACAAUUCAAUAGAUCUAGAAAACAUGAGUGAAGAAUGAUUAUAACAUUAUGACAAUUUCUUAAAUAAGUAAUUGACCUCAGUGUUUAGUUGUAGUUUGCUUAGUGUCUAAUUCUGAAUUUAGUUGAUAAGUUUUAUUUAACUUGUGUAGUACCUUUUUUUUGCAUCAUAAUAUGUAUGGGACAUUUUAAAACUAUAAACUUUUAUCUUACCAUGAUUCAAGAGAGAAACUGGGGAAAUUUAUGAACUUCAUCUCUAUGUUCUAAUAAUGUAAAAAAAUUUUUUUUUGCUUUAAAUUUUAUCUAGUUCAUGUCAAAACAGACCAUCAACUGAUAAUUAUUUUUAAAACACAGGUUAGUAAGGACUUGCCUUGAGGGUGUGAUUCAUUUUCUCCACCUUCCUAGAAGACUGAGGUCUCCAGGCAAAGUGGGGGUUGUAAGUGAUUUUAAGUGCUUCAGCCAUAUUUUGAGUUCCCUGAGAAGUGAAGGCUGGACCAUUGUCACUCUGCAAGGAGUUGCGCAGGCCAAAGGGAGGUAUGAGCUCUUAGCAAACACUGAUAUCUCUUAAGUUUUUUCAGUCCUGCAGAGAAAAGCUUCUACCCAAUUAGUAAAGGUGUCAACAAAGACCAAAAGCAAUUUGAAAAUUCUGCAAGGCUAUUUGUCAAUCUUUCCCUGGGUAUAUGCCCCUUCUCAGGAGAGGGGGAGGUUUAACAGCUCCUUUAGGAUUUACUUGGCCACAAACUGGGCAGGUCUGAAUGUUUCUCCCAACCUGUGUCCAAUAAUACACAUUUCACAAGGGAUUCAAGAGCAUUUCUUCCCAAGUGAGUAGUUGGAUGAAGACUAAAAACAAAUUUCUACUGACUUGCCUCUGGGAUUAAAUGUUGGCUUGAGGGUGUUUUAAAUCAGCCAGAAGGAGAAAGGGUUGUAUCCCCUUUCUUCUGCAAGGGCCUGUUCCUGUGAGUUACAUGAAGCCGUGUAAGAAUCAGGGAGCUGCCAAGUCAUUAUUAAUCAGAGAAAUGCAAAUUAAGACAACUCUAAGAUACCACUACACACCUGUCAGAUUGGCUAAAAUGACAGGAA